AUUCAUAUGCAAUUAUACGUAAUUGACGAGCGAAAACGAGCUCAAUACAAAUUUAAAGAAAAUGAAGGGUUGUUGUUCUCCUUUGAUAUAGAGGUUGAUAAGGCCGAAGAAAUUGUUCAACAAAUGGUGGAACAACAAUUAAUCCCAGAUUCCGACAUUAAACAUAUCACUAAACUAAUUAAGGACAAGGUUGACACAUUUAAACAUGACCGCGAAUUAAGACUACGUCAACAACACCAACAAUUACAACAACAACAUUCAACAGAAAUUAUAAAUCCUCCAACAGUUGUUAUAGUUACUCCACCUAUUAAUUCUAAUCUUCCUCCUCCUGUUGCUUCUUCAUCAACAACAACAAAUGUUCCCCCACCAAGUAUUCCUCCCCCUUCGGUUGUCAACAACAACAACAAUGUUCCCCUUGUUGCAGCUCCUGUUCCCCCUCCUCCCGCCCCCACACCUUCAUUAAACUCUACAACAUCAUUAGCUCAUCUUGCCGAAGCUUUAGCUGCAUCUACCCAAGUAAAAUGUUCUUUUUCACUUCAACCCAAAGAUUUUUUACAAAUUUAUUUAUGCAAAAAUUGUCGUGAAAGGUUAUUCAAAUCGGAUGAAAAAAUUCAACGGGAUGGAGCUGGAGUAACCUUACGUAUAGAUUUGUGUGAAGAAUGUGUUAGUAAAAAUAUUGCAGCAACUGAUUUAUUUAAAUGA